AUGUGGGUGGGUGGUGAAUUGUCAAACUUCACUCUUUCUCUGGCCUGGGGCAAGGUGCAUGGAGAAACUUCCUCAAACACAUUCAUUAUUUUCCCCUCCUUUUCCAAGCUUUCUCAGCUGCGCGGGAACAAUCGGAAGUUCACCUUGCUGCAUGCCCUUGUGGAGCAGAUCAUGUUACGAGAACCACGUUUGGCCACCUUUUUCCUGGAGCUUGCAGAAUUCGAGACUGUUCCUGGAGCUUCAGUGAAAGGUCUGACAGCAGAGGUGGAUGUAGUGAAGAAUGAAUUUCAGAAGAUUGUCCAGUACAGGAAAACAUACAGUAAAAGUAAAAACAAAGUCAAUCAGCACCCCAAAUUCUUCAAAGACUUAAAGGCGGCCAUCGAGAAGCAUGAGGCCGAUCUCAGACAGCUGAUGAAGAGGUGUGAGGAGAUGAGGAAGCUCUACACUGACAUAUUGGUAAUCUCUGAGUUAUUAUUUCAAUAUCUUCUGUUGUGUUGCUUUGGGAGACGGAUGGGAUUGGUCUUCCUCUGCUCAUCUGUGCCAGGUGGACUGAGGUGCAAGAGGGCAAUAUAUUUCAGCCCACCCAUUCAUCAAGGUUACAGUGUGGGUUUUUUUUUUUUUUUUUGGUUUUUGGUUCUCACUGUGAGGGACAUGAUGCUGGAUUGA